AGUCAAUUACAGAAGGGUAGAGGAUCGCCACAGAGAAAAAGAGCCCGACUGGUGAGACAUUUCGUCGGAUUCGCUUCCCGACACAGAUCCCAGGUUUUCGGGCAGCCUUUGAGCGUUUCAUCGUCGAGGACUGUCUUCUGUUUUCUAAUGGAUUAAAGCAGAUUUGUGUCAUAUUAAAACAAGGGAGUCGUCUAUUUGCAUUCGUCAGCCGCAGAUUUGAAACAACGGUCCAUCCAGGAUUGUUGUGAACAGAGAUGAAGACUCUAGAGGAGCCUCCAUACCUGUCUGUUGGCACUGAUGUGAGUGCCAAGUAUCGUGGGGCUUUCUGUGAAGCCAAGAUCAAGACUGCUAAGAGACUCGUUAAAGCCAAGGUGACCUUCAAACCAGACUCCUCCACGGCUGAGGUGCACGACGAGCACAUAAGAGGAACUCUGAAGGUGGGUGCUGUGGUUGAAGUGAAAAACCAAGAUGGACUCUAUCAGGAAGCCACCAUCAACAAGCUUACUGAUGCUAGUCUAUAUACUGUUGUGUUUGAUGAUGGUGAUGAGAAAACCCUGAGGCGUUCUUCACUCUGCCUUAAAGGGGCACGUCACUUUGCAGAAAGCGAGACACUUGACAGACUUCCCCUGACCAAUCCUGAGCACUUUGGCACACCAGUCAUCGGUAAAAAAGGCAACCGUGGGGGCCGACGCUCCAAUCCCAUUCAAGAGGAAGAGUCAUCUUCUUCAUCCAGUGAAGAAGAAGAAGGUGACCAGCAACAGAAUGAGGAACUUUACGGCAAGGUGGUGUGUGUGGAAGCUAUUGUUACUGGGGAUAAGAAAAAGACCUGGUACCCUGCACUGGUAAUCUCUCCAGAUUGUCAUGAGGAUGUGACGAUGAAGAAAGACAGCGUUUUUGUCCGCUCCUUCAAGGAUGGAAAGUUUAACACAGUCCUACGAAAAGAUAUUCGAGAACUUGAUGGUGAGAUGGCUCCAAAAGCAGAUGCCAGCCUUAAACCAGCACUGGACGCAGCUUGGGAUUUCCAGAGAAAUGGUACUGUGCCCAGCAUAUGGAGGACAGAGGUCAAAGAUGAAAGUUCCAGCAGUGAGGAUGAUGAGGAGGAAGAUGAAGAGGUGCAGGAGGAUGAUGGCAGUAGUGAGGAGGAAGAGGAGGAGGUGGAGCCAUUCCCAGAGGAGAGAGAGAACUUCCUCCAACAGCUUUACAAAUUCAUGGAGGACAGAGGCACCCCUAUCAACAAAAGGCCAGUGCUAGGCUACAGGAAUCUCAACCUCUUUAAGCUCUAUAGGCUGGUGCACAAGCUUGGAGGGUUUGACAGUAUUGAGAGUGGCUCUGUCUGGAAGCAAGUUUAUCAAGAUCUGGGAAUCCCUGUGCUGAACUCAGCAGCAGGCUACAAUGUCAAAUGCGCCUACAGAAAGUAUCUGUAUGGCUUUGAAGACUACUGCACAUCAACAGGGAUCACAUUCAGAAUGGACCUCCCAUAUAAAGCAGUUGAGCAGCAGAGUUCUCAGGCUGAGGGCAGCGUUGAUGGGGUAGUGGAGGCCAGCAGCAGCGCUGCUGUUUCAGCCUUGGACGAAGCCGGGGAUGAGCCAAAACCUGAGCAAGAAUCAGACGUUUCCACCAGCCAGUCUGUUGUAAAGGAGGAGACAUCUGAAGUAGCAGGGCCUUGCAGGACCAAAGUGGACACAAGCAGCUUAAAGGAGGACGACAAGGGUUCCAGUGAUGAAGAAGAAAAUGGUACUGAUGAAGAGUCACACAAACACAAGACUAAAGAAACUGAACCAACAACAGAAUGUCCUUGCUCAGAGAAUGUAAAGGAGGAGCCGUGUGAGGAGCAGAACAAGGAGCUGUCAGGGGAUGACAGCAGUCAGGAGUGGGAGGAGGGGGAAGAGUUUGAGUGUUACCCCCCUGGCAUGAAGGUGCAGGUGAGGUAUGGGCGAGGCCGCAAUCAGAAGACGUACGAAGCCACUGUGAAAGAGUCAGACCUGGAGGGGGGAGAGGUGCUCUACCUGGUGCACUACUGUGGCUGGAACGUCAGGUAUGAUGAAUGGAUCAAAGCUGACAAGAUUGUGCGACCAGCUAAUAAGAAUGUUCCCAAAAUAAAGCAUCGGAAAAAAAUAAAGAACAAAGCUGAAAGAGAAAGAGAUCGAAUAGAGAGGUUAAAUGAAAGAGAUAACCUUUCUCCCUCCAGAAAUCGCAUCAACAGAUCAUCUAAACCCAACUCAGGCAAUGAUAUUUGUCCCAAGAUGGAAGAAUGUGAUGAUAAAGGGGGGCAGCAGACUCUGGUCAAAUCUGUUGAGAUUGCCUCCAAUCUCAAUGGCCUCCAAGCAUCUGAGAGCUCCACAGAUGACAGCGAACACGAGGAGGAUGAUGGUGAUCAUGACGAUGAGGGUCCAGGAGGUCGGCUAAGCCUUCGAAGAGGAGGUCCACCAGAACGUCCUCACACACCCACUCAGUGGGAGAGUGGGCUGUCCACUGAAGAUAUGAAGGCUUCAGCAAAUGUGAGCAGCACUGAGGAACCGGCCAGCCAAGAUAGCACAGAUACAGGCAAGCUGAAGGGACAGCUAGAGAAUGAGGGUGAGGUGCCCAGCACCAGGAGGAGAAAACCUGAAGGACCAACUGAGCGCACCCCUAGAAGCCAAUGUAAAGGCAAAACAAGGGGCAGUAGGGGGGCAGACUGGUUGCCCAGCAGUUCACCGAAAAAGCUGGAUGAGAGAAGUUCUGGUGCUGUGGAUGACCGGGGAGGCCAAUCCAGCAGCAGCUCUGAAGAUGAGAGUGGUCCUCAAACAAACAGUCAGGCCAAAGAGGAGCCUCGAGUACACCCCAAAAACAAAGGCUCGCCCUCGAAGAAGUACAAUGGGUUGAAGGAGAAGACCAAGGGCGGGCGGUCCUCUGGAUUCUGGGAGAUCCCUGAGAAACGUGCCAAAAUGGCAGCCGGAAUGGACGAACGAGCUCCCAGCUGUCGUGCCAAAGGCCAGAAGGACGUGUGGUCCAGCAUCCAGGCCCAGUGGCCUAAGAAGACCUUGAAAGAGUUGUUUUCAGAUUCGGACACAGAGGCGGCCAACUCUCCUCCCCCAGCAGUGCAUGCCCUGGAUGAGCCUCGCUCAGAGCCCAGUCAGAAAGAGGAACCUGUCGAGGAACCACAAGAGACCCCGCAGGAAAAGAGCCAGGAGUACCCCAGCAGCGGGAGCAACUCCGUCCUCAACACGCCACCCACCACGCCUGAGUCCACAGAAGCACUGGCUGAGACGCACUCGUCCUCCCCACCCCCUCAGAGUUCUGUCCUGGCCUCUUGCUCCCCGGCUGAGUCACCGGCUAGGCCCCUGAUAGAGGAAUGCGUUGGUGGCCGCAGCGAGUCAGACAGCAGCAUGGUGGAGGUGGAAAGUGUGGGCUGUGAGCUUCAAGAGUUGCCUCAGGAAGAAGCAGCCGCAUCCCCCUCCAAAGCCUUUGACGGCAACCUGUCCAGUAACAGCAACUGCAGCUUGACUCUCAGUAGCAGCAGCCAGCAGGAAGGUGAACAGAAAGCCAAAGCCUCAUCCUCCAGUCAGAAACGGCACAAGGAGUCCCAGGGAGGUGGAACAUCAAAGAAACAUAAGCGAAGUCAUAAGACCCUAAACUUGCAUCCCAAAAAGAACCACAAAACAGCCAACAGCAGUGACAGUGAGGACCAGUCCAUCAACGACAGCACUGCCAAAUCACCCACGUCCAAGAGCAGCACAGCUGACAUAAAGGCAAUCACCCCACCUAAGUGCUCUGGUCGGACACUCCCGUCCCAAAAAUACCACAAACAUGGUGACUCAGAUCACUCACAGCCCAAAGAGCAGCACAGCAACAGCCGAGGAGCCCGCAUCUACAAGUGGAGUUUUCAAAUGUCGGAUCUGGAAAAGAUGAGUAGUCUAGAGAGAAUAGCAUUCCUUCAGGAGAAACUGCAGGACAUCAGGAAUCACUAUCUCUCCCUCAAAUCUGAAGUGGCCUCCAUUGACAGACGACGAAAGCGAAUGAAAAAAAAGGAGCGAGAAACAGGUGCAGCAGCAGCUUCAUCCUCCUCCUCAUCUUCGCCAUCGUCCAGCUCUCUGACGGCAGCGGUCAUGCUGACUCUCGCUGACCCUGCAGUGUCGGGCUCGUCACAGAACUCUGGGGUUUCAGUGGAGUGCAGGUGACAUGAAGAGAAAUGACCCUCCUGCAGCACAGAGCACUUAACCAGCACCCAGCCAAGCCUCUGGCCUACUACCCCUCAUACUGUAGGACCCAAACUCUGAUGGACGCAAAUCGGGGCACAAAAAUGAAAAGAAAAAGAGAAAAAGAUGAAUUAAAAACAACAGAGCCAGACAACAAGAAGCACUAUUUUCUAUUGACAGCUGUUUUCAUCUGCAAGCUAAUUGCACUCAAGUGUACUUUUUUCUGAAAAGAUUGGGAAGAAGAGGUGGAACAAUGCAUAAAACAAUCUUUUUAUGGAAUACUCUUUUGUUUUUGCUUUUGUUUGUUUUUUUUCAGUUCUGAGCAAUAACUAUGUCCAUGAAGAUUCUUUCUGUGGCAAGGAUACUGCAGUGAUAGACCAGAGUAACACACUGUUACUCCUGGUGUAAGUACCUGUAUCUUAACAAGAAAUCCAAACACCUAACAGUUUUGUUUAGUGGCCAUGGUCUACAUCUAAACGUGUUAACAUCCACAUCCAC